AUGUCUAUCGGAGCCAUCAUUCAAACCGCAUCAUUGAAUAUCAUUAUGAUCCUUGUUUCCCGCGUCAUCAUCGGCCUUGGUAAUGGGAGGGAACUCUCGACUCUGAAGUUAGAAGAACGAACAAAAUUGAAGAACCUCAAAUACAUCCGACGUCGAGCCAAGCGCUCACCUCAAGUUGACGAAAUCCUUGAGGACGAGCCUGCUCAAUUAGGUGACUUACCAAGAUGCCUUAUCUCAAUGUCCGACAUCAAUGUUUCCCUCGUUUUUUACGUACCGUUUGAGGUAUUGGUUCUCACUCUUUAUCAAGAGUUUUUACCUGAUAACGACGAAACACCUAGGCACAGACCUCGUGGAAAGGGACAUCUCGAAACAAGUGGUACGAGUACAGAGCCUAACAACGACGAUCAUGCACUUGGCCUCGGGAGUGAAUAUAGGAAACCGUAUCAGUCCCACCUCGGCAUCCGUUAUGCGAUAAUUGCGAUGCAGUACGAUCUUGCACUCGGCCUCGUGUCCUGGUCGAUUACGAUGAUGACGAUACACCAUAUCAAACGCAGCGCGUUGAAACAAGGCUUCAAUGUCCUGUUAAUCACUACACGGUUCUCGACGCUAUCAUUUUCUCAUUAUGGUCAAACGUGGGGAGUCGUAACGAACCCACAACCUGCGCUGUUGUCCAGUAUUACCAAAAACACCGGCGAUCUCGUACCGCUUCACCGGGACAAAUAUGGGCAACUCCUUCCAAAAGCUGUGCAGGCACGGGGUUUUGACGGAUGGAUGGCAGUUUCCAUAUUUUACAUUUCGCUCCUUCCCUCCACUUCCAUCUCCGCCAUGCCUUCAGUCCCUCUCAUGAAGCGCGACUCAAGCGCAACUUCAAGUUCAUCAAAUUCGGGGACGAGUGCUCAGGUUGUCGUUGGGGUCGUAUUGGGUGCUGUGGUGCUUCUGCUGUUCAUAGCCUUUGUGGCGUGGUUCUUCAAGCGGUACCGUCGUCGUCGUCGUAACCCUCCACCCUCCUCUCCCAACGUUGUCUACAAUCCAAAGCUCAGUCGCGUGUCAGACAUUGGCCGACUGCUUGAGCCUGAGCCUCCGUCUCGAUCUGAGACCAAGGCCGUGGACUCGCGUCCCUUGCUGUCGCCUGAACCUUUUCACACAAAAGUCGACUCCAGCCACACCUGGGUACCUUCUGGCAUCCAUUACCCCAACGCCGCGCCAGAGGAAGCAUAUCAUAUCGAAUUCGACCGACUCCCCACACCUACAUUCAGUGAUAAAUUCGGAGAGCAGAUCCUGUCUUCAUCGUUGAUGGAAGAGUCAUCGACGCCUUACCUGCAGAGUUCGUUCGGUUCAAGGCAUACAUCUCCACAGACGUCUCCUCCAGCGACACCGCCCCCCGUACCCGGUCCCAAAAGUCUUCCUCAACUCAUUAUUCCCGGAAAAGAUAGUCCUGCCAUUCCAGCAUCCCGAUACCUUCUUACACGUCCGAUUGCAAAGAUGGAGACGCCCAUCGAGUCACCGCCCAUGUCUUCUUCUUCAUCUGUCUCAUCCGAAUCUCUGUACUCCCAAGCGAGCGCUUCAACGCGCAGACACACCAUGCUAUCAGUGUAUGAAGUACCACCGCCCGUCCCACCUAUUCCCUUCGCUUUCCGAUCUAGCUCAGGUCUGCGCGCUCUGCCCCAGAUUCCGGAUCACGUCUUGAAACGCGCGCGGGGGGAGGAACAGAAGGACGAAUUGCACAGGAUGUCGACAAAAGUCAUAGCCAGUUUGGUGAAAGGUCGGGUAAAACGGACCAAAGGGGCAGACCUAGACCGCUAUGGGAGCAGAGUGUCGCGUAUCGAGAGGGCAGAUUCUAUCAAGUCUAUCGCUACAUCGUCGGAUGAGGAGGAGGAGACGACGUCUAUGUCCAUGUAUUACCCCCGCUUGGAGCGGACACGGAGACGGUGGGAGAAGAGGACACAAGCUCGGAUGGACACAGUAAUGGAGACGUCGUCGCCGCCGUCGCCGGAUGCUAAUUACACAUUUAACGUAUCGACUUCUCCUUUACGGGUGAGGAAGAAUUCUCUAACCGCUUUGUAA